AUGGGUGGAAAAGCUGUUUUGCUUUUACUCCAAUUGGCCGGAUUUGUUACACUUGCUAGAAGUGGCUACAUUCUGACAUUUCCAUGGAUGUUGACCUCUGGGGCCACUCACCAGUUUUGCAUGGUAUUCCAUAAUACCACUUCAGAUAUUGAGGUCAAAUUGAACUUCAGGUUUUCAUCAGAACAGAAAGAUAUAACAACCAAACUUUUUAAACAUGGUGUUGGCAACUGUUUUGAUGUGGAAAUUCCUUUGAGGGUAAAGAAAAUGACAACCUUAAAAGUAGAAGGAAAAGCUGUGGGAGAGGGUGAAGAUGGAUAUACUUUUUCUGGCAAACACAGACUACAAAUAAGUCAAGAUCUAUUGGUGAUUCUUGUACAAUCAGAUAAACCCAUCUAUAAGCCAGGAGAAACAGUGAAAUUCAGAAUUCUUGCAUUCACCUGGGACUUAAAAGCUUGGUCUGGAGUUAUUAAAAAGAUUAUAAUAACUGAUCCAAAGAAUACUCGAAUUGCCCAGUGGUUGAAUGUACAAACAAAUGGGUUGGUCUCUUUGCAAAAAACUCUGUCCAAAGAACCCAUUCUUGGAGAUUGGUCUAUUACUGUGAAAAUAAAUAACCAGAAACAAAGAUCUAAUUUUAAAGUCUUUGAAUAUGUUAUUCCAAAGUUUGAGGUGAUCAUUAACCCACCAUCAUAUCUACUAAUUAAUUCAAAAACUGUGGACGUGGAAAUAUGUGCCAAGUACACUUAUCAGAAAGAAGUUAUUGGGAAUGUUAAUGGUUCUAUUUGUAUAAAAGGCACUUAUGAAACACAGAAUCAAAGACCCUGUUACAACUUUAAUGAGAAGUUUCAUGGAUGCCACAAGAUCUCUGUUGAUUCAAAUGAACUCCAGCUGGCCAACAAAUCUUACACUGCCUGGUAUCUUACCUUGAAAGUGAAUGCUACAGUUACCGAAAUUGGAACAGGUGUGCAGAUAACAAAAUCUCAUGAAGGACCAAGCAUUGAAAAAGAUAGGCUAUUUAUUCAGCCUGACCCUUAUACAAGAGAAUACUUUAAACCUGGAAUCCCAUUUGAAGCAAAAAUAAGUGUGAAAUCCCCUGAUAAGAAGCCACUUGCUGGAGAAAAUUUUCAUGUGGUGGCAAAUGAUCUUCAUCCUCCUACUGUGAAAUAUGCUGGUAAAUAUACCACGGAUGAAGACGGUUAUCUUAAUAUUAUUGUGCCACCAUUACCUACAAAUAUUCAGAGGCUAUCAAUGGAGAUCAUUCCUGAAACAAGUAAAGAGAGAGACCCUGUAGAAAUUCAGGAUUCAGAUGUUUAUUUCCUUGAUUACACUUCUGGUUCCUUCUCCAUGCAACAGUGGUAUUCGCCCAGCCAGAGCUUUGUGUGGAUAAAGUCUAUAUAUAAAAAAAUAAUGUGUAAGGAGUCUGUUGAUGCCGUUUUUUAUUACAAUGUUGAAGAAAACCAAGAAGAUUUUAAAAUUUUCUACCAUAUUUUGUCGCGUGGUAAAAUUAUCUCCACUGGUGAAUGGUUCCACAAAGAUUCUGUGGAAACAGAAAUUGAAGUAUCUGAAGGCAUGUUAAUUGAACAACCAAUUCCAACAGACGCAACAGCUGAGUCUACCACAGAAAUGCCCGCUGACACCACCUCCACCCCAGUAACUGUUCCAGUGGUUUUUGAUGAAAUACAUGAAGACCAGAAAAAACUUAGCUUGUUAAAAAAAAUGAAGGAUAUGAAAAAGGAGGAAAAAUCUCCUGAAACUCUCAUAGAGACAAUACAAUCUGUUGAGCUUAACGCAAAAGAAGUAACCAUGACUGAUGUUCCCAAAAAAAUAUACAAGCAGUCCUUACGUAUUGAGUCAGAUUGGGGACCUGAAGCCAGCUUGAUAGUCUAUUAUAUCAGACCUGAUGGAGAAACAGUAGCUGAUAGCAUUUCAAUUCCAAUUCAGAAUUGUUUCAAAAACAAGGUGAACAUGACAUUUAACAAGAAUAAUGUGAAACCUGGUAGCAAUACAAAGAUGACAAUAGGAGCCACUCCAUUUUCUUUGUGUGCCAUUGGAAUGGUAGACAAAAGUGUCCAUCUUCUUGGCGGAAACAACCAAAUUACACCAGAUAAGAUAUUUGAAAACUUAAAACACUACAAACUUCAGCCUGCAAGCCAUCUCUUCUCAGACCAAGAACAUUGUCAAAAUUAUUCUCCAUUCCCACCUCCAGGCAUGCCUCCAGCUGGGAUUCCCCCACUCGUUAUUGAAAGUCCUGGAAUGCCACCUGCAAUUCCUGAUAGCAUAGAUUCUGCUGAAUCGAAAGAAGAUGAAAAAACUGACACAGAUUCUGAAAACAUUGUUGCCAGGGAAAAGCGUUCUUAUUAUUUAGAUAGCUAUUCAUCAUACUUUGAUUCUUCUGAAGCUUUUAAGGCAGCUGGUUUGGCUGUAUUGACAGAUCUAGAUGUAGAAACAAGGCCGUGUGAAGAAUUACAGUUUUCCAUGCUACGCUUUCGAUUUGACUAUUCACAAACUCAAACUCUUGCGUUUGGCCCAGCUUAUAUUGAACCAAUGAAGAUGAAAAGAAAAUUGCGUGUUUACGAAAGUAAUACAGAAGAUGUAGAAAUAGAGCCAGUUCGUUCCUACUUUCCUGAGACGUGGCUGUGGGACUUACAAAAUGUCGGGCCUGAUGGAAAAUUAGUGAUGGCUGAAAAAGUACCUGAUACAAUUACAACUUGGAUUGGCAAUACAAUUUGCACAAACAAUGAAACUGGAAUUGGUGUGUCUGAACCAGCUUCUUUGACUGUUUUUAAGCCAUUCUUUGUUUCUUAUACACUUCCUUAUGCAGCAGUACGGGGGGAAAAACUUCCCCUUAAAGUGUCAGUGUUCAACUUCUUGACAACUUGCAUAAAUGUUAAAAUUACUUUGGCCAAAUCCAAGAGUUACCUGAUUACUGAACGACCAACUAAAACCAAUGUCUGCAUCUGUGGUAGUAAAUCACAUACAGCUAUCUAUACGAUCAUUCCAUUACAACUUGGAUUUAUUGAUAUUAAUGUCACUGCAAAGUCAAAUAAUAACAACGAAGAAUGUGGACCUAAACUGGUAAAGAAGAAUCUUGUCACCGACAUUAUCUCCAAGAAAUUACUUGUAAAUGCUGAAGGUGUCUCCAAAGAAUACACAUACAGCUCAUAUACUUGUAUGAAGAAAAAUGAACAGGCUAAACAUGAGAAAGUCAGCUUGGAAUUACCUAAGCUUCAUUUUGUGUCUGAUUCUCAAAGAGGUUAUGUGUCAGUAAUUGGUGAUUUAAUGGGCCCAACAUUAUCUGGACUUGAAAAUCUUGUGCAGAUGCCUUAUGGAUGUGGAGAACAAAACAUGGUUGGCUUUGUUCCUAAUAUUUAUGUCCUGGAUUACUUAAAAAGUAGUAAGCGAAAUGAAUCGGGAUUAAUGGACUUGGCUGUAAGCUAUAUGGAACAAGGCUAUCAACGGCAGCUGCAGUAUCAGCACAAGGAUAGUACAUUCAGUGCUUUUGGGGAAGCUGAUGAGGUUGGAAGCACUUGGCUCACAGCUUUUGUAUUGAGGUCUUUUGCCAAAGCCGAUCAAUAUAUUUUCAUUGACAGCAAUAUCAUGACAAACAUCAUAAAUUGGUUUGUGCUGAAUUUGAGAGAAAAUGACUGCUUCCAUGAAUUUGGUCAUGUCUGGAGCAAACAUAUUAAAGGAGGUCUUGAUGGAGGAAAUGAAGAUGUUGCUCUGACUGCCUAUGUCCUCAUUUCAUUUUUGGAAAUUAAUAUCUCAAACAAGAAUGUAAUCAAAGAUGCUAUGAAAUGUCUUACCAAUUCUGAUGUAGACGACACCUAUACUCUAGCCUUGAUGAAUUAUGCCUUUGCUCUUUAUGGUGUUGAAAGUGAGAAACGUACAGCUGUCAGAGAGAAGCUCAUGAGCCGAGCCAUUGAACAUGAUGACUUGAUGUAUUGGACUCGAGACAAUAAGAGGAUUGAGCCAAAAGAGGAGAAAGAAAGUUGGCUAAAAUAUAACCAGGCACCUUCUGCUGAGGUUGAAAUUACAUCAUAUGUUCUACUUGCUAUGCUUACUGAAGAUGCAAGCAAGGCUAUCAGUAAAAGCCUUCCUAUCAUUCAAUGGCUCACAAAACAAAGAAAUGCUUAUGGAGGGUUUGCUUCUACUCAGGAUACUGUGCUUGCUCUUCAAGCUCUAUCCAAAUAUGCAGGCUAUAUUUACAAGGAUGGACUUGAUCUGAACAUUAAAGUUUCUGGAAAACAGUUGAUGGCCAAAUUUGCUGUCAACGAUAUGAAUAGCUUGACCUUACAGACUGCUGAUAUCAAGAUGCUGCCAAAUGAAGUUGAUGUAACAACUAAAGGAGUUGGAUGUGCUUUGAUGCAAAUGAAUGUAAAAUACAACAUGUAUGAGGUUGAUGCAAAAACAGCUCCUCUUCAUAUGACCAUCAUUCCUGAGUAUCUUAAUGCAUGUGACAGGGCCAGACUUGUUGUUAAAGCUGGACACAAUGAUGUUGAAGGAUCUACCAAUAUGGCAGUGGCUGAGAUUAAGUUACCUACUGGGUGGAUUGCUCACACUGAAUCUGUGCACGAGCUUGUUAGAGUAAAAACUGGUCAAAUUAGGCGAGCUGAAAUACAAAAUGAUGGAACCCAAGUUAAUGUUUAUUUUGACAAGUUAACUGUGGUUUCUGAAAAGUUCUCUUUUAACAUUUUGCAAACUCUUGGCUUGAAAGAAACCAAACCUGCCAUUGCCAUUCUUUAUGAUUACUAUGAGAAACCGAUUAGAACUGCAGCAAACUAUACUGUAAAAACAAGAUGUGGAGUGCACAAUCCUGGCAGUGAUAUUGUAGAGGACUUGGAAAAGGAGGGAAUUUUGCAGGAUGAUGCUUCAGCUAAAAAGAUAAAACACAAGUUAAAGACAUGUCCAGUUUGUUAUACAAGUAUUUCAGCAAAUUUCACUAAAUUAUUCUGCAAUGCUCCUGCUGCCUACAAAAUUGAUAUUCUGAAGGCCCAGUCUAGAGUAAUAGUACAGAUUGAUGAAAAGCAGGAAUCUCAGAAGCCAAUUGACAUAAAUACUCAAGUCUGUAUGCCAGUCCACUGCAAGUGCGAUGUAAUGAAAUCCCCAGAUACCCAAGUCCUGGUGUUGACCAAAAGGAAAUUCUUCAAAAAUGAGAAACGCAAACUUCAUCUGAACAAAUGGGCAUCAAUUUUCCCACUGGACACUCGCAUCAAAGAACUUGUAGAGCAGAAACACUCUCUUUGUGAAAAAGCUUUGUACUCGGUUUCCAAACCCGACUUACUGCAACAGGGAUGUACACUUUCUUCCUCUCUUUGGUUUUCUUCUUUCUUUCCUUCUCCUUCUUUACACAAUUCAGCUUAUAACAGAGGUAUACACUUUCUUCUCUGGUUUUCCCUUUUCUUUCUUUACACAAUUCAACUUGUAACAGAGGUAUAUGCUUUCUUCUCUGGUUUUUCCUUUUUCUUUAAACGCAGGCUGAAUCCUCAGCAUACAAAGUUCUCUGCGUCUUCAAUUUGGGGUUAUCGAACAGGAAUACUUCUUAUAUUUCUUGUCCGGAGUUGCCUGAGUUGA